AUGGGUAAAGGAGGUGGAAAUGCAGACAAGAGGGGAACAAAACAUCCCAUAUAUAUAGGUGUGAGAAAGAGGAAGUGGGGACUGUGGGUGUCAGAAAUAAGAGAGCCAAAGAAGAAGAAGAGGAUAUGGCUGGGCUCAUUUCCCACACCAGAGAUGGCAGCUCGUGCACAUGAUGCAGCUGUGUUAGCAUUAAAAGGGGAUACUGCCAAUUUCAAUUUCCCUGAAUCGUUUCAAUCCCUUCCUCGCCCUGCAACUUCUUCUGCAGACGACAUUCAGGCUGCUGCUGUCGAAGCUGCAUACUCUUUUCAACAGCCAGAAGAGGAACAAGUACCCCAUUUGAGCUCCAGCAGCAAUAAUGAUGAUGAGAGAAAUGAUCUCGUAGACUUCGAGCUUUUCUUAAACAAUCCAAGUAUUGUUGCUGAACCCUGUGAUAUUGCAGGACCUGAUAACAACAGUGAAGUGGUGGAGUCAUGGGUGGACUGGCCUAACUUGCUAAUGAACAUUGGAGAUGGAGUACCAAUUGGGUUUUCUCUCCUGUUUCCUAAUCAAUUCUAUGGAGAAGAGGAACAAGAUCACCCGUUCGUGUCUCUUUGGGAUUUCACAUAA